CGUAGGCCGUUGGCUGUGCUGUCACGAGGAGAGGGGGGAAUUCUCGGGACGCACAUGAUGAAGCUUACAAGCAUCUAAGCACGUGUUACUUUACUCAUGAGUGUUCCCACUGAUGCCAAUGGGACUACUUGCAAAUAGGUAAUCAUGGUUCUCUCUAGUUUGGAGAAGAUGAUUGGACUCCAGAAAAAGCCUGCCAGUAUCAGGAAUAUCUGUAUACUGGCUCAUGUGGACCAUGGCAAAACCACUCUAGCUGACUGUCUGAUAUCUAGCAAUGGAAUAAUCUCCAAUCGAUUGGCAGGAAAGCUGAGAUAUCUAGACAGUAGAGAAGAUGAGCAGAUCCGAGGAAUUACUAUGAAAUCUAGUGCUAUAUCACUGCACUUUGAAAAAGGUGAUCAGGAGUAUCUCAUUAAUCUAAUAGACUCCCCAGGGCAUGUGGAUUUCUCUUCAGAAGUAUCAACUGCUGUCCGACUCUGUGAUGGUUGUAUCAUAGUGCUGGAUGCUGUGGAAGGAGUCUGUCCACAGACUCAAGCAGUUCUGCGACAAGCAUGGCUAGAAAAUAUCCGUCCAGUCUUGGUGAUUAAUAAAAUUGAUCGUUUGAUAGUGGAGCUCAAGUUAACUCCUCAGGAAGCAUAUUCUCACCUUAAGAAUAUCUUAGAACAGGUUAAUGCAAUCACUGGAGCUCUUUUCACCUCUAAAGUCUUAGAAGAAAGAGCUGAGAAAGAAACAGAAACUCAAGGGAAUUCAGAUUCUAUACAUGGAGAUCAAGUUUAUGACUGGAGUGCUGGCUUGGAAGAUACUGAUGAUUCACAUCUUUAUUUCUCGCCAGACCUGGGGAAUGUGGUAUUUGCCAGUGCAAUUGAUGGUUGGGGCUUUGGCAUUGAGCAUUUUGCAAAACUGUAUAGCCAAAAGAUUGGAAUCAAACAUGCAGUACUUUUGAAGACCUUGUGGGGAGAUUAUUAUCUAAAUGCAAAGGCAAAGAAGAUAAUGAAGGGUGACCAGUCAAAAGGAAAGAAACCUCUGUUCGUGCAACUGGUGUUGGACAACAUCUGGAGUCUAUAUGAAGCUGUCCUGAAAAGAGACAAAGAGAAAAUAGAUAAAAUUGUCACCUCUUUGGGAUUGAAAAUUGGUGCACGUGAGUCACAUCAUGCGGAUCCUAAAGUUCAUCUCAAUGCCAUUUGCAGUCAAUGGUUACCCAUAUCCCAGGCAGUGCUCUCUAUGGUGUGUAGUAAACUUCCCAGUCCUCUUGAUAUUACUGUUGAGAGGGUAGAGAAGUUGAUGUGUGUUGGAGCUAGAACUUUUGAUUCUCUACCCCCAGAAACUCAAGAACUGAAAAAGGUGUUCAUGAAAUGCAGCAGUGAAGACACAGCCCCAGUCAUUGUCUUUGUUUCCAAAAUGUUUGCAAUUGACGCUAAAACAUUACCACACAACAAACCAAGCAGUGUAUUUUGCAGCAUUAAAUUUCAAAGCCAUUCACCAUCACGCAUGGAGGACCUGGUAUACACAUCAUGGCGUUUAACACAAGAAGAAAUUGCUCAAAGACGUGAGCUUGCAAGACGAAGACAUGCAGAAAAAUUGAUAGCCAGUCAAGGACAAGAGCUACCAGAACAGGCCCUUUCUGGAAAUGAAUCUGAAUUGACUGUGAAGACUGGUGAGACAAAAGGUGAUGAGCAGGAGCUCACUAGUCAAACAGAGAGCAUGGCCCCAAAAACUGUGAAACAAGAAGCAGACAAAGAGUCUUUCAUUGCUUUUGCUAGAGUGUUCAGUGGUGUGGUGCGAAGAGGGCAAAAGAUCUUCGUUCUGGGACCAAAAUAUGAUCCUGCUGAAUCUUUGAACAAGUUACCGUCAGGUUGUUCUGCUGCAGAUGAUCUGCCAUCAGUACCUCACAUGGCUUGCUGUACAUUAGAGAAUCUCUAUUUGCUGAUGGGAAGAGGACUGGAGGAUCUAGAAGAAGUGCCUUCAGGCAAUGUUCUAGGAAUAGGAGGUUUGCAAGAGUUCGUACUGAAGUCAGCAACUUUAUCAACAUCACCAGCUUGCCCACCAUUUACACCUCUCAACUUUGAAGCUACCCCUAUUGUGCGAGUUGCUGUUGAACCAAAACAUCCAAGUGAGAUGCCUCAGUUGGUCAGAGGAAUGAAGCUUUUAAACCAAGCUGACCCAUGUGUCCAAGUUUUAAUCCAGGAGACAGGAGAGCAUGUAUUAGUUACAGCAGGAGAAGUCCAUCUCCAGCGCUGCUUGGAUGACUUGAAAGAAAGGUUUGCAAAGAUACAAAUUAGUGUAUCAGAACCAAUUAUCCCAUUCAGGGAGACAAUAACAAGACCCCCAAAAGUUGACAUGGUGAAUGAGGAAAUAGGAAAACAGCAGAAAGUCGCAGUCAUACACCAGGCUAAAGAGGACCAGAAUAAAAUCCCUGAAGGAGUUCAGGUUGAUUCUGAUGGCCUCAUAACAAUGUCUACCCCAAAUAAAUGUGCCACUCUCAGUGUAAGAGCCAUGCCACUUCCAGAAGAGGUAACUCAACUCCUUGAAGAAAACAGUGACUUAAUUCGUACUAUGGAGCAGUUCAACUCAUCUUUGAAUGAGGAUAAAAAAAUGCAUGAAAUUAAUCAAAAGAUCCUUCACAGGAUCCAGGAAUUUAAACAAAAAUUAGAGCAAAAUCUGCAAGGAAGAAAGUGGAGAAAUGCUGUUGAUCAGAUCUGGUCAUUUGGCCCACGGAAAUGUGGGCCUAAUAUUCUGUUAAGUAAAUUUGAAGGCUACAAAAAAACUGUGUGGCAAUGCCUUGAUAAGACUACUAAAGAAGUGAGUAAAUAUCGAGAUUUUGACAACAGCAUAGUAAGUGGGUUUCAGCUGGCGACGCUUUCAGGUCCCAUGUGUGAAGAACCUCUCAUGGGUGUCUGUUUUAUAGUGGAGAAAUGGGACAUGAGUAAAGCAGAAGAGCAAAUGUCAGCUAAUAGGCAGGAUUCAGAGGAAUUGGAUGCUACAGAACAGACAAAAAAUGAAGACAAAGUCACCUCUCUGUCAAGUAGUUAUACCACUGAAUCAUCCAGCGAAAAUAAAGAACUCCAAGAUAGCUGUCAAGGUAGUCUAAAUUCAUCUGAGAAAUCAAGCAAACGCAAGGGGGAAACUUUGCUUGCAGAUUGUUAUGGCCCUUUCUCUGGACAACUAAUUGCCACCAUGAAGGAAGCUUGUCGUUAUGCGUUACAAGUGAAACCACAGAGACUUAUGGCAGCCAUGUACACGUGUGAAAUUAUGGCCACUGCAGAAGUUCUAGGUCGUGUAUAUGCUGUCUUGUCCAAAAGAGAAGGCCGAGUGUUACAAGAGGAGAUGAAAGAGGGAACUGACAUGUUUAUUAUUAAGGCAGUGCUGCCAGUAGCAGAAAGCUUUGGGUUUGCCGAUGAAAUCAGGAAGAGGACAAGUGGCCUGGCCAGUCCGCAGCUGGUGUUCAGCCACUGGGAGGUAAUUUCAGGUGACCCAUUCUGGGUACCAACUACUGAGGAGGAAUAUUUGCACUUUGGGGAAAAGGCAGACUCUGAGAACCAGGCCCGCAAGUACAUGAAUUCAGUGAGAAAGCGAAAAGGACUUUACGUAGAAGAAAAAAUCGUGGAGCAUGCUGAGAAGCAAAGAACUCUCAGUAGAAAUAAGUAACUGCCUCUACUUUCAGUUCUACACUAACUCAGCUAAGUGCAGGUGGAUUAUUUUCUGUACAGCAGAUUCAAAAUGUCAUCUUGGACUUCAGGUUUUACACAAGAUUUCUUAUAUGCUGUAAUUUGUCUCUGGCUUCAGUUUUAAUAAACUUGAGCCUCUCCAACCUUUUAUAUAGAGACUACAGUUUUGUGUAAUUUAUUUGAAUGAGACAUAACAAGAAAUUCAAUGGAAUUAUUCUCUCCGAUUUUCAGACUCUCCCCCAGCUGCUGUCCUUGGAUUGCAAGUUAUUUGCUUAAACUUUUUUCUUUCUAAUUUACCUGAUAUAAUCAAAACUAGACCUGGUCCAGUUAUUCAUUGCAAAUAAAUUAGGCAAUGAAUUUAGCUCUUUUCUUCUGUUCUUAACUCUGUUGCAAACUGAUCCUGAUUUCUCUUUAUGCGUUUAUUGUUCACAAGUAUUUGCCAUAACUACACAUUUCAGCCUGUGUGAUGUUCAUGAACUGUUCACUCUGCACUAUUCAUGGUGUGUGAGUUGUCAUCUAAAUCAUAUGGUCUUCUUUCUGCUCCCAAAUUGGAUUAUUUAAACUCUUCCAAGAGGAGAGGAAUAGCAAACAGGAAAGAGUGAAUACUCCUGUUAGCGCAUGGAUACACCUGUUACUCACUUGAAUACUAUUGUUUGUACAAAGAACAGCUAUUCACCAAAUAUUUGUGUCAACAAAACCUCAUUAUUAUACAUGUUUGCAAAUAGUCGUAGUUCACCAGCACUCUUUUUGCAGGUAAUAACAAUAAAGUUGCACAGUUCAUUAGCCUGUUUUGUAGAUAAGGUAAUAAAAAUUCUUGUUAUAUGUUCUGAAUAACCCACGCUGACAUGGAAAACAAUUAUAAAGUAGGCUUUGUUUUUAAAAAACAAGGGGGGUUUUGCGGGGGAAAAAUAUUCAAAAUCAGAUUUUUUUUUUUUUUUUUUUUCAGUUUUUAAUUACUGUAACCAAUUGAACUUUGGGAUCAGUACAAGGUCACAGACUUUGCCAAUGUCACCAGUUCUUAACUCCAAAAAUUACAAAUUUUGAGCUAAUGUGAAAGCAUGGAACUAAUAGCACUGGCUGGUAGUUGUCAUAAAUGUAAAGGGAAGGGUAAUCACCUUUAAAAUCCCUCCUGGCAGAGGAAAAAUCCUUUCACCUGUAAAGGUUAAGAAGCUAAAGGUAAUCUCGCUGGCACCUUGACCAAUGAGGAGACAAGAUACUUUCAAAAGCUGGGAGGAGGGAGAAAAACAAAGAGUCUGUGUCUGUCUAUGUGAUGCUUUAUGCCGGGGACAGAACAGGAAUGGAGUCCUUAGAACUUAGUAAGUAAUCUAGCUAGGUAUGUGUUAGAUUAUGAUUUCUUUAAAUGGCUGAGAAAAUAGCUGUGCUGAAUAGAAUGAAUAUUCCUAUCUGUGUAUCUUCUUUGUAACUUAAGGUUUUGCCUAGAGGGAUUCUCUGUUUUGAAUCUAAUUACCCUGUAAGGUAUUUACCAUCCUGAUUUUACAGAGGUGAUUCUUUUUUACUUCAAUUAAAAGUUUUCUUGUAAGAAAACUGAAUGCUUUUUCAUUGUUCUAAGGUCCAAGGGUUUGGGUCUGUGGUCACCUAUGCAAAUUGGUGAGGAUUUUUACCAAACCUUUCCCAGGAAGUGGGGUGCAAGGGUUGGGAGGAUUUUGGGGGGAAAGAUGUUUCCAAACUACGUUUUCUCAGGAACCCAGAUAAAGUUUGGUGGUGGCAGUGGAAGUCCAAGGGCAAAGGGUAAAAUAGUUUGUACCUUGGGGAAGUUUUAACCUAAGCUGGUAAAAGUAAGCUUAGGAGGUUUUCAUGCAGGUCCCCACAUCUGUACCCUAGAGUUCAGAGUGGGGAAGGAACCUUGACAGUAGUGUUGUGUGUGUUUCCUCAGAGCUCUGCUCAAACACCUCAAACUUUACCUUGUUACCUUUACCCUUGUUACGAUGUGAAUCUCAACUGUAAUUAUUACUGUUUGUUUAUUUGUAUUGCAAUGUCAGCUAGGAGCCUGUCAUGGUUUAGGGUUCCCUUGUGCUAGGCACUAUAUAAACACAGAGGAGAAAGAUGGUCCCUGGACCUAUCUUGAACAACUGCUGUUUGUGCUGACCACCGAAUUCAUUGUAAUUUGUGAUUUAAUGUGGAUUUAGAGUCAGCUUUCUGGAGUUGAAAGGCUGGUGCAUUAAUGCACCACAUCACCUAGAGCCAAACAUGAUAAAUACUUUAUUAAUCUGUAAUUUCAGCUCUGUUGGAUUUACAAGCUGCUUCUGUUCCACAGCAAAAGAUUCCCGCCACUGUUCAAAAGUCAUAAUAUUUUGCAACGGUGGCCACAUGAAACUCUGCUUUCUUAUUUUAUACUGCUCCCCAGCAUAGAUCCAUCAAAAAUCUCAAGUAAUUAAGUUUAGACAGCUGGUCUCUCUGAACUAACUAUUAGCUUGGGAUGUGCACUCUCUCACUCGUUUAUACAUACUCACACUUACAAUAAAAUAAAUUUCUGCCCACUAAGUCUUAGAGUAGAAAAUAUUUCAAACACAGUGAACCUCAAAUCCAGUGAAGAUGAAUCCCCUUAGGAAAGUAUACAAGAUGUUUUGCUAUUUGAUUCAGGCAUCUGUGUGGUAGUCAGAAGGCUUUAUGUGGGUCAGAACUAAAUUAACAUGAAAAGAAAUUCUUCAGUGGCCAUAACUUGCUGUUGAACGAAAUAGAAAGCUGAAAAUUGUUAAUUGUUAAGUGUUUAGAGCUCUGCAACCAAGGGGAGACAACUAUUGUGUAUUCAGGAGGGUUUAAGGCUGAAUAAUCCAGAUAAGUAUCCUUGGAGGGCUGUUGAUAUUUCAUAAAGCUGAAGGGGAAUAAGUUCUUUAGAGUCUUCUUCCAACUAUUUUUAGAACCUUACUGCAAAUAGUGAAGAAGAGGACAGUAUGUGUUCAGUUUCAAACAACCAUAAAACCAUAGUUGUCGAGGUUAUUUUCUUCCCAGAGUAUCUCCACAUUUUUAAUACGCUACUGCUGGGCACUGUUCCUUUAGCACCUACCUGGCAUUUCCAUGUAAAUAUUCUGAGUGGCAAUUAGAGAGAGUAGUCAGAAGUAAUUUAUACGGCCCGUGCUCCCUAAGGUAAAGGCAACUGUUAAGUGUUGCACAAGUGUAUAAUUGAUGUAAUGUUUAACUUUUACUGUAAUAGUAACCCUUUUUCUUUUCCAACCUCUUUGCUUUCAUUAUAGAAAUAUAAUGUUUCACCUAAGAUUUUAUGAAACCUUAUUCAAGCAGAUGAAAUAUUACCCUCUCCAGAAGGGUGAUCCAUAAAUUACUUGUCUUCUGAGCAGUGCCUACAUGAGAGAUGGGUGGGUAAAACCUCUCAUUUUGCCCACGUUCAGCAACUCUUCAGGGGUGAUUCUAGAAUAUUUAAAUGGUUUUGAGCUAUUAAACUUGACUAACCAGGGAGAGGCUGUUUAAAUACGUUAUUUUGCAGUAAUUUUCAUAUUUUGCCAUGGUCUGUCUUCAAGUGCAUCAAAAAAUAUGUAACAUGGGGACAAUGUAAGAUGCUGCUAUAGUGCAUGUUUGUAAAUGAUCAGGUAAUGAAUAAAGCUGAGUAACUUUCUUGGACACCUGCUUAAUAUAAAUAGUUUUUAAAUAAAAUGUAUUGAAAUAAGUAACCGAACUGAGAAAAUGUAACUAACCUGGAAACUCUCUAGCAGCUUUAUCUAGAAUCUGUUUUCUCAGUAACAGCCACUGGUGGGAGGAGAAUCCGAUCGCCUAUGAAGCAUGAAUCUCAAACCACACUUCUCUGUUUUAUUCCAAAAGCAACUUCGUGGAACGGUUUUUCCCUGCUUGUUACAUGCAUAUGACAAUAUGACAGAGUUUUGGAAACUCUCUGCUAAGCGUGACAAAUAACUUGCUGAUGAAGCAAACCAUGGUAAGAUUUAAUUGGGAGAGCUCAACCAUUAAAUCAACUGAUCCUCCAUUGCCAGCUUUAUUGCUAAAUGUAAUGCUUGAUUAAAAUAAAUACAAGCCUCUUUUAAGAUGUA